AUGAAGCUCGCUUUCGGUUUUGCUCAGAAUCGAGUUCCACGCUGCAUCUCCAUCACCUUCCUCAAGGAAUGUGAAGCCAUUCUCGAAAUCGAUCGGAUUGUGGUUUGCCAUUUCAUCGCCUUCUUCUUCUGCGGUGGAAAACGCGAACAUGUCAUGUUGUGCGCGGCCCGCAUGCAGAAGAAAACGCGCGGCAGAAUGAGCCAUCGCGAGACAUGAUGACCGCGGUGAACUCCUUCAGCUUACAACCGACCGUGGUGAUGCGAUCUCCAGUGUUGUCUGUUGACAUCCGUGCCUACCCGUCCACCCACUCUUGUAUUGUGCCUGACGUUGUUGUGACAACACUACGCAUUGUCAAAACGCUACGUCACGAUGG